AUUUUCGUCUCUCUCCUUGACUUUCCACCAGUCCACGAAACAGGACUCCAAGUUGGACUCGUCUUUGUCCUUGCGUCUGCGAGCUUGUCGGCGCGUGACUUCCAGUUCAGCAGGAGUUUUACCUUUGCGAAACCCGCCAACUUUCCCUUAGGGUUGGUCUCCGCACCCUCGUCUCUCACUUUUGCCAGCGAGCGACAGAGAAAGAAAUCUAUAGAAAAUGGGGAUGGCGACAAAGUCCGGCGGCAGCAACAGCCAGCUGGUGCCGUCUUCCUGGUUUGUCGCGCCUGCUGCCGACAAUUCGGGGCCAGGAAGGCAGAGAGAAGCCGGGGCAGCGGCGACAAAAAUCUCAGACAGGAAAAGUGUGGAAAGAAAUUGUUCCAGUGCGUCUCUCGGCCGUUCUGAAGCGACGCACGGACAGAAGGACGGGAGUCGACGCCGAAACAAAACAGGCGGCGACCCCGCGAAACCUGGGGUGUCCGUAAACCCGACACGGGAGGCAGGGGAAUCGUCAACGACAGCGGAUCAGGCACAUUUCUCCAGGCCUUCACUGGCAUUCAAGGACUGUCCGACGAAAAAAUUCAACGAUUCCAGACAGAGGCCACAAGACGGAAAUCCACAAGUCCCGCGAAAAAACUGCGGAAGUCGCGAACAAGCAUCCAGGAAGCAUGGUAAGCCCUGGGAGAAGCUGGUCCACGGGGGUCGCUUCGGCGGCAGGCCGGGUAGUGCUACGAGUCGAAACAUCUCGUUUUCUCAAAGUCCAAAGGACGAGGAAGACGAAGACGAGGAACAGGCGACUUCCGUCGGUGAAGGCGAACGCGAGAGGAUGCUGGCUGCUGCCAUGGCGGCGAUCGAAGCAAAAGCCGACGAGGCUGCGCUCUCAGAUGUCGAGGAAAAGAAGGCGCGGGGAAAAGGAACGAACGGCUUUCGAGACGGAAAGAGAAAACGUGAAGCUGAGGCGGCGACCCAGCGCGGCAGUGGAACUCUGGAAGAAACAAAAAACGAAAGAACGCCUACAGACGAGGCCUUCAGUGGUCGCGACGAACAGGAAAAAAAGAGGCGGAAGACCGGGGAACGGCGCCAAGCUCUUUCGCAGACAAAAGGCAAAGUUGGAAGGAACGGAGGGACUGGCGAGCGAGAGGAAAACGCAGACGACAGUCCAGGCCUGCCCUGCGAUGGGUCGAUGGGCGACAAAGACCGGCAAGCAGGGGCAGAAACUGAGAGCGACAGUGAGGGUGAUGACGACGACUGCCACAUCCACAUCGUGAGACGCACUGGGAAGAUGCAAACAACACAAACAGGAAAGAACGAGGCAGACAACGCGCCGCCUGACAGGAAGCACGGAUUCCCUGGUUCGUCGUCCAGCCGGACUGAGGUCGUGAAAACGCGUGACAGAGAUCGCCGGCGAGUUGCUGGACAUACAGACCACCGAAGUGGUCCUCGACCAUCUACGGACAGAGGAGCCUCGUUCGGUUUCCAUGUUUCCGCGGAAGAAAACCGAUUCUUUCCUCCUCUCGCCGAGCAGAAGACAGAGGCAUGCUCUGAAGACCAGGAAACGGAGACGCCAGGCGAGAAGAAGGUAGCUGGAAGACCCGGCGACGAAGAGACAGCGGAACUUCUUCGUUUCGUGCCUAAAACUCUGCCCUUUGCAGGCGCGAGAAGAACACACACGCUCUCCAUUGCGUUGCCGGCGUCCAUCAUUGACAAUGCACAGACGGCAGAAUUGCGAGCAGCUCUCGUUGGACAGAUCGCACGAACACUGACAGUUUUUGGAGUCGACGAAAUCAUUGUUUACGAAGACGUUGCGGCUGCCAUCUCCAGAGGCGCCAACAAGGACGAAGGUCACUCGCCAGCACUCGAAUUUUUCGUACGAAAUUUGAGAUAUUUGGAAACUCCGCAGUUCCUGCGCAAGUCACUCUUUCCCAUUCACCCUGAUUUACGGUUUGCGGGGCUGCAGAACCCUUUGGACGCACCCCACCAUUUGCGAAGAAAUGAGUGGCUGCCGUACCGAGAAGGCGUCGUCAUCGCAUCUUCUAAAACGCGAGAAGAGACGCCGCAGGGCAAGUCGGAGAGCAGAGCCCCCGCAAAGGGAGAGGAAGUCAAGCUGACGGCAGCGGAGAAGAAGCGACUCAAGAACAAGAAGGGCGCGUGGGUUGAUUGUGGUCUGCCAGCUCACGUCUGGGUCCCUGACACUCGCUUGCAGGACGGGAUGAGAGUCACUAUUCGUCUCGACCCUUCUGUCCGGCAGCUUCAGCGUCAACCGCGAGAAAGAGGAGAUGCAGAGCCGCCUCUGAUGAAAGGCGCAGCGGUUUCUCCGGAUGAACCUCCGGUCAAGGCAGGACUCUACUGGGGCUACCGCGUCCGCAUUGCUCAGCAUUUCCAGGAUGUUUUUUCCAACUGCCCGUUCAGCUCCGAUGGUCGCUACGAUCUGACUGUCGGCACGUCGGAGAGAGGGACCUGUGUAGGCCGAGACUUUGCGUUCCCAAUGAACUACAAACACAUGCUUCUCGUUUUCGGAGGGCUGCAAGGACUGGAAGCUGUUCUUCUAGAUCGCCAGUCAAACUGUGCGCCUUGCCGCGAUCCUUCCACGCUCUUCGAUAUGUACUUGAACACCUGUCCUUUCCAACGCUCUAGAACAAUUCGAGCUGAAGAGGCUGUUCCGAUCACUUUGGCACUGCUUCGACCCUACCUUCUUGAGUCUGCGGCGGACAAAAACGCGUGAGGGUCUUCACGUCGUUCUUCCUUCUCUUUCCAGUUGCCUCUCACUCGUCCUGUUCAGUCGUCGAGCCUUCCUCGUGUUUUCCUCUUGUCUCUUUCUCGGCGCUCGGCGAGCGUGGAAACUGUGGGGAUGUGGCGGAACUGGCGGGACUAUGAGUUCAUCUGCUCUUCUUUUCCUAACAACCAACGUCUCGACACACCUGCACUUUCUUGUCCUUCUCUUUCUGGUUGAUUCUUUUUCUCGAUCCGUUUCGGAUGCACACGAAGGCUCCCACUUAGAUGGCCUGUCAUCAGUUUGUUUUCAUGGGUCGAUGUGACAGUUCUUUGCCUUCACGUGCCUCGUCUGGUCAGCAUUGUUCUAGAGAAACGAAAAGCUGGACGGUUGUCUCUCUUUAACGUCUUUCGGGAUUGUUUGCCCGGACCGCCAGCAACUUUUCCGAGACAAACGGGAUCUACGCGAUUUCUUCUUAACGGUUUCGCGAGCAAUCG